AUGUCCUCCGGUGCGACAUCCAUCGGGGAGAAACCCCAGGAUUCCUCGAACGACAACAACUCAGACUCCAAGCUCGAAUCCAACCUGCCAACAGACACGGGCAACGAGUCUGCCGAGGCUGAGGAGGUCUCGCCGAGACAGAUUCAUGGCGUUGUGUGGACCUUGGUCGUGAUCGCGAUUCUGUCCAGUAUUUUCCUGUACUCCCUCGACAACACUGUGGUGGCCGACAUUACCCCGGCCGUCGUCAAUGCCUUUGGUGACGCGUUGAAGUUGCCAUGGCUCUCUGUCGGGUUCCUUCUCGGUGGUGCCGCAGUCGUGCUUCCUUUCGGGAGACUGUUCGGCCUGUUCGAUGCCAAAUGGCUCUACAUCUUGUCGGCGCUCUUGUUCAACGUUGGCUCGGCCCUCUGCGGAGCUGCUCCCAACAUGGAUGCCCUGAUCAUUGGGCGUGUCCUCGCCGGUAUGGGUGGUAACGGCAUGUACCUCGGUGUCAUGACUCUGCUUUCCGUCAACACUUCCGACCGUGAGCGUCCGGGCUACCUCAGCUUCGUUGGCUUGGUUUGGGGUAUUGGCACAGUUUUGGGACCUGUGGUGGGUGGUGCCUUCGUCGAGUCAUCGGCUACAUGGCGGUGGGCCUUCUACAUCAACCUCUGCGUUGCCGGCCUAUGUGCCCCGGUUUACCUCCUUUGGAUCCCUUCGUUCAAGCCCCGCGCUGGCACACCGUCCAUGACGCUGGUUCGCGAAUUCGAUAUUGUCGGUACCGUUCUCAGCAUGGGCGCCAUUGUCACGCUGAUCAUGGCCACGAACCUGGGCGGUGCUCUCUAUGCCUGGAACAGCGGGCAGAUCAUUGCGCUAUUCGUCGUCUCAUUUUCGCUCUUCAUCGCCUUUGGCAUUCAACAGACCUACACUAUCUUCACGAGCCUGACGUCGCGCAUCUUCCCCAUCCAGUUUAUGAGGAACUGGAACGCGGUACUCCUGUUCUGCUGCGCCGCCGCUGUCAACACGGCUGGCUUCGUCCCCAUCUACUACGUGCCGCUCUACUUUCAGUUCACUCGUGGUGACAGCGCCAUCACGGCUGCAGUUCGGCUGCUCCCGCUCAUCUUCGUGCUGAGCGCCGCCAUUCUCGCCAACGGUCAUCUCAUGGCCCGCUUCGGCUACUUCCAGCCGUGGUAUAUCUUCGGCAGCAUCCUCACCCUGGUUGGCGGUGUCAUGUUGUCUCGUAUCCAUGCCGACACCCCAGAGGGCCAGAUCUACGGUUUUGAGAUUCUGGUUGGUAUUGGCACUGGCUGCUUCAUCCAGGCCGGUUAUGCCGUCAUCCAAGCCGUCACUCCCCCUGAGGACAUGGCCUAUGCCAUCAGCUUUAUGAUGUUGGCACAGCUGUCCGGUAUUGCUCUCGGCCUUGCCAUUUCCGGUGCUGUUUUCGUCAACGACGCCAUCGCCAACCUCAGCGCGGUCUUGACCGACGCUUCGCGGGAGCAGCUCCAGAUGGCCAUCUCGGGAACCAGUGGCGAUUAUCUGAGCUCUUUGUCCGAGGAGGUCCGCACGGCCGCUACGAAUGCCAUCGUGGAGGCCCUCCGCAAGGUGUUCAUCCCUGUCUACGUCGCUGCCGCCUUCGCCUUGGUGCUCUCUGUCAUGUUCACGAAACGCAAGAUGUUUGGCGACAUUGUGGCCAUCGCGGCUUAA